GUUGAAAAUGGCAGCUGAAGCGAUUGAGAUUGUAGUGGCAAUGUCAGAGAAGGUUUAUUUACAACUCUGGGGAAACAUGAUCUAGUUUCUACUGAACGAAAAAUGCAGGAAGAGGCACGGUACUUAAAAAGGUGAGUAAUUUUCGGCUGAAUUUACAACGACUGUCAGAGAAAUAAACCUACGUUCAGCAAUCUUUGCCGACGACGGAGAUUUUGUUCGUCAGUGCAGCUUCUUUCGAGAUUCCCCUUGGUUAGAUCUUAGUUUUUUAUCCUACUCAGGAGGGUGAAAGGAGGAAGCAUCGAUGCCCAUCCAACAGAAAAAGCUAUCGUUGUGAAUUAUGAGCUGGAAGCAGUCAUUCUUGGAGAGAUGGGGGAGCCCAUGUUGGGCGAACGGAAGGAAUGCCAGAAAGUGUAAGUUUGCUUUGUAAGUAAAAAUAAUAUAAGCUUAGUUACCGACAUUGGUUAGAAGUUGACACUUAAGGUAAAAUGAUUGAAUGAAUUCCGUGUAACAAUCUCGAUGAUUUUUGCGAGUCUGAACAUCCCUUAUUGAUGGACUAACAUAUCGCCAGAAAUAUUUCUCGUUCUAAGCGUUAUCCCGUUUCCUAGUUACGAUGCUGGUGGCUGAGAUUGUAUAAAUUGUGAUCUGUAUAAAUUGUGAUUAGUGACCAGUAGUUGAUACCAUUAAAUUAAGGUGUAUUUAAGCAGAUAUCAGAAGGUUUCGGCUAUAUUUCACUUCUUUAUCUCCGUCUGAACUUCAUGUGAUAUACAUAUAGCCCAUGUUGGAGGAGGGAAUGCUCCCCUUAAGAAAUGUUGUGGGUAUACUCGAGAGACGUAAGCCGUAUGGUAAAAAAAAAUCACCUUUAUUUGAGUAUCAAUGUAUUUAGCACGAAAGUACUACUAAUAUUGCGGACACUAUUUUUACGUCUCCUACUGGAAUGGUCAUCUGAGGCUGCCACACGAAGUCUAGCCUUACCUUAUUUCUCAGUUAUUUUAAGACCCUGAGUAUUGGUCCGGCCCCAGGAAUCGAACCUACAACCUGCCGCUCUGCAGUCAAGCACUCUAUACUGACUGAGUUAAUCCUGUGUGGUCUGGUAAGACUGCCCAUGACCUAGCGAAAAUCAAAAAUUGGAGUGAUAAAUAGAGUCGUAGUCGCAAUGGAAUCAGAGUUGGAAGAACCAUAACUUUCUCUUUUUUUUUCUGACUCCAUUGCGUAAGAUCUAUAGAAAACCAAAUUAUUGAAGUCUGAGGCAGAAGUAGAGGGAUAAACCAAUAACAACAGUCUCAUAGUAUCCACACUUGGGUGAUUGGUCUAGUUUUUCCACUUUUCCUCUAGAAUCCGACAACUUAUUACCAGAUCAUAAGCAACAGAGUGGUACAUGGAAUUGGAANAGAUAUCAGAAGGUUUUCGGCUAUAUUUCACUUCUUUAUCUCCGUCUGAACUUCAUGUGAUAUACAUAUAGCCCAUGUUGGAGGAGGGAUUGCUCCCCUUAAUAAAUGUUGUGGGUAUACUCGAGAGACGUAAGCCGUAUAGUAAAAAAAAAUCACCUUUAUUUGAGUAUCAAUGUAUUUAGCACGAAAGUACUACUAAUAUUUGGGACACUAUUUUUACGUCUCCUACUGGAAUGGUCAUCUGAGGCUGCCACACGAGGUCUAGCCUUACCUUAUUUCUCAGUUAUUUUAAGACCCUGAGUAUUGGUCCGGCCCCAGGAAUCGAACCUGCAACCUGCCGCUCUGCAGUCAAGCACUCUAUACUGACUGAGUUAAUCCUGUGUGGUCUGGUAAGACUGCCCAUGACCUAGCGAAAAUCAAAAAUUGGAGUGAUAAAUAGAGUCGUAGUCGCAACGGAAUCAGAGUUGGAAGAACCAUAACUUUAUCAUUUUCUUCUGACUCCAUUGCGUAAGAUCUAUAGAAAACCAAAUUAUUGAAGUUUGAAGCAGAAGUAGAGGGAUAAACCAAUAACAACAGUCUCAUAGUAUCCACACUUGGGUGAUUGGUCUAGUUUUUCCACUUUUCCUCUAGAAUCCGACAACUUAUUACCAGAUCAUAAGCAACAGAGUGGUACAUGGAAUUGGAAUGUUUUCACCAUAUCAUUGCUAUAUACUAUAAUUCUGAUUAUGACUGACUCUGACUCCAUCAGUAGUGAAAACCACUGGGGGAUUCUUCUGGAAAUUGGUCCGAACACCUAAACUGUGCUUUCAUUCAUUUUGCUUAUUACAAUAUGAGCAGUGCUAGAUUGUCACCAAAAGUUCCUCAUUACUCUGAUUAGCAUUAGCACAUGUACAUCCAGCCAAGAUGAGGAUUGAUAUCCGACUGUUUGUCUAGUGGUCACUCUCAAGAGGUCCUGACUAUAGGGCUUUGACUAGAGAAAUUUGGUGUUUUGGAUAGGAGGUCAUUUGUGGGAGGAGGUCACUAAUGAAACAGAGCUGUACAAUGAGGUUGGGCUGUAUACCGUUACAAUACUUUCAUUUUUCAACAGAAUUCGCUUACAGAGCCUAAAUGCCACAACCAAUAUAGCAAAGCUAGCUUCAGAAGUAAUUGAAAAGUGCAAGCUAAUUCACCCCACCAAGCUCCCUGAAGUCGAGCAGUUGUUGUACUAUUUACAGAACAGAAAAGAUACGGGGGCUGGAAAAUCAAAAGGUAAUUAAACUAUACACAAUAUUACACAGAAAUAGUGAGGUUCCUUAAAUGAGCGAGUAGGUGAAACUAGUUAUUUCUUCCUUAGUUUUCAAACCAGUUUUUAUCGUAAUCACUAUGUAAGGCGUACCAUGAUGUAGAACAUUGAUUUUAAACUCAAUAGAAGGACAAAUAAAUUGGGAAAAAUUAGGAAACAUUUGACUGUGUAAAAUUUGGGAAGGUUUUUGCCUUGUGAUUUCACACCCCACAGGAUCCUGCUGAUGGAAGGUGGUGCUCUCAGUAGAGUCUGGAAUACGACAUUUUGUCUUGAAGGGUAUUUAAGGUUGAAAAAAGGAUUUCAAUUGGGCAUGUUUGCACUGCCACUGUGUGAGGUCUAUGUAACAUUACAUUUAGAUCAAUCAGAUAAUGUGCGACAUAAUUGACCUUUCUUGCCAAAUAUUGUGUCCUUCUAAUUUCCCAUUAUUUUUUGCUCCCUGUCAGAAAGCUUAUCUAGACUGAUUGCUAUAAUUGAUUUUACAACUUUUAGGUAAAGAAAAGGCUGACACUCUAAGGAAUGCUGCUGCUGAUUUUGAGGGCACUGAGGUAAAUAGAUCUGGGUAAAUAUGGGUAUAGUCAACCCUCCAAGUUGCGACCAUUUUGGUAGCCAUGGCACCUAAAAUUUUGGAGCUGGCGACAUGAUUUGUAAAACAGUCUCCCUAAACCAAAAGAGUUGGUUGCCAAAUGGCGACCAAGCAAAAACUUUAACUUGGAGGGUUGAUAGUCCAGCUGGAAGGUACAUGUAGAUAUUUACUUCUCAAACUCAUUUAAUAAUUCAUUAAUAAAAUACUAAGGAAAUUAAUGUUUAAUGAGUAUUUGGAAAUUAAACAAAAAAGAGCUCAUUUUUGCAUCAUUAAUUUUCUCUCUCUAAAAUCAUUUUGUUUGAGAAGUAAUAUCAAGCAUUUGACACAGUGUUUCCUCACCUGAUGAAACACCUUGAAGUUCGUCAAAAAGACUUUGCUGUGCGUGGUAUUUUCAACUCUCUUCUCACGAGUCAGUGUUUCAUCUGGUGAUGAAACACUACGUUUCAUGCUUGAUAUAUUACAUGAAAGAUGGUACGAGUUCUGAUGGGAAAGUGGAUCAUGUAAUUCAAAAGAAGUUCAUUCCAGUGUUAAUUAUUGUUAUACUUUUAUUGACUGCUCCCUAGCUUGAUGAGCAAGCAAACAUAAAUGACAUAGAGGAAUAUGUGGAGUUGCUGUAUGAAGACCUUCCUGAAAAGAUUAGAGGAACUGCCCUUAUAUUACAGCUAUCCAGAAACCCUGACAACUUAGAGGAGCUUGCAACUAAUGGUAUGAUUAUCGAUUAAUCAAGACCUGUUUUCUUAUCUUUUUUUUUCUGUUGUGUUAACAUCCUGCAGGAUAAACAGUGAAAUUGGAACUACAUCUACAUUAAUUUGUAAUCUGGUAGUGUAAAAAAAUAUAUAUAUAAAAAUAUAAAAAAUGGCGCACUGCAAAGAAAGUCAGUUUAAGUAUAGGUUUCCCUUCAUGCUUUGGUUUAAUUCUGCCCUUUUUUCAGACCCUGUGUUAGGGGCCCUUUCCAGGGUUUUGCGAGAAGACUGGAGGAAAAGUACAGAGCUAACGACCAACAUCGUGUACGUCUUCUUCUGUUUUUCAAGUUUUUCCCAGUUUCACUCCAUCAUCAUUCAUCAAAAGAUUGGUGCUAUGUGCAUGCAGGUGAUGGAAAAUGAAGUUAAGAGAUAUGACCAGUGGUCCGUUGAGCUGGAGAAGAAGAAAAACAAUAUCCUUUUCACAGAAAUGAUUUGCAAGGGUCUCUAAGUUACAAUGGGAUUGCUAAACUUUGACGCUCUCCAUAUCACAAAGAGAACUGUGUCCUGUUAGCCUGCAAUCAUAUAUUUUCUUCCUUCUGCCAAGAGAUCUGUAGAGAUAUAGGGAUGGCAUGAUUGCAGGCCAGGGUCCUGUAAACAUCUUUCCCUUGUCUUAUUUUCAUUAUGGUACUUAAUUUAAUUUAAUUUGAAUUUAAUUCCUUGACCUCUUUACGUGAUAACAGAAAAGACUAUGAAAAAGGGUACAAGAAAUUUCUUGGUCUUGUGAAGAAGCAGGAGCAGCUUCUGAGAGGUAAGUAUAAAAAAUAACAGUGAUAACAAUGCAGUGAAGUUAAAGUUGGUAUUUGUUCCUGCGCUUUUCAAAAACACAUGCACUAUCCUAGAGCAUAAGGGAUUGAGGCUCAAGUAGUAUUUUGAUUUAAAAUAAGCACUUUAUUUGAGUGUUGCCAACUAACAUGCUAAUUGAAGGCACUAUUUUUUUUGUAUCCUACUGGAGAUGGGAAACUGCCAUUUAACAUGGUCAUCGAAGUCAUGUGAAGAUCUAGCCA